GUACUUUUAGCCCCCCAUCGGCAUUUUAGCGUCGGUACGGUCGAUGGCACCUUUUAAGUUCACCCCUUUCCCGCCCCCGCAAUAAAAAGCAAGUCUCGCGACUUCUUCCUUCGCACAGAACUCUUCACAAGCGAGAUCCGGCUUGCCGCAUCUCGCAUACAGCCACAGUGCUGGGUCUGCAUGUAAUUACCGCCCCAUGCCUGCUGAGAAUUACACACCGGGCGCGCCCCAGGUGGAGCCUGUUAGCUGCCGGAUCUGCCGAUUCCGCAAAGUCAAAUGUGACCGGACCCUAGGCGGGUGCCUUCGCUGUCGCCGAUAUGGCGAGGAAUGCGUAUAUUCAUCUGGCAAUACCCUUAAUAGCAAUGGGAGAAGCGAUGAGAGGACAGAGGCCGGGCUCAAAAGGCGACGCGUACUACGUUCAUGCAUUAAUUGCAGAAAAGCCAAGACCAAGUGCGCUGGCGGUGCUCCCUGUGAACAAUGUGAAGGAAAGAACCUGAAUUGCUCCUAUGCCGAAGCAGGUGUGGCUACGCCUCCUGCUUCUGCCUCGUCGACCCAGAGCGAGCGAUGCGUGAGGAAAAGGGCCUUGUCGGCCAUCCCCGUAUGGCUCACGUCGAGCAACUUGCCGGCGAUCGAUCGCAUCCGCGAUCUGAUUGAUUUGUACUUUCUUCGCGUGCACACCGUGCGGUGCUUCGGUUUUAUACACAUUCCAACCUUCAUGAAGCGAUUGAAAUCGCCCGAUAAACUGGCUCAGGAGAAGUCAGGGCUUGUCUUUAUUAUGUGCGCUUUGGCAGCACCUUUUUACUACGCCGAGAAGCUCUGCCCUAGCAACGAUGGUCUGAAGAGUAAUGUGCAGUACUUUGAUGCAGGCCGAGGCUGGGCUGAGGCUGCGAGACACUGUCUCUUUACAGGAUUUGGAGAUAUGGGCAUUGAGAGCAUAAUGACCGAGGUCUUGCUUCACGAGUACUACCUUCGAGUGGGAGAGUAUGCGAAGGGAUUCAUGGUAUCGGGACAGAUCACUCGACAUCUCCAGGUUGUCCAGCUUAAUCUGGAGCGGGAUUCGGAUGUGUUGUGUCAAAGAAGCCCAGCAUCCUGUCAUAUCAAAGAGAGUAGGAGAAGGCUAGCAUGGGCCUGCUAUCUACUAGAUUCGUUGAUUGAAUGUGGAAUUGAUCAACUUCGCCUGAUUCCGUACCACGACAUUCAAGUUCAGCUUCCUUGUUCAGAGGAGCUUUUCAUCACCAACACCCCCUGCAUUACCGAGAUGCUGCCUCCAGGCAAACUGCUUCCAGGGAUUGCCCCAAUACCUGGUAUCAAUUUUGCGGCACAUCUCGAUCUACGGGCUUACUACCUCCGUGCUACAAGCAUUCGAUCCAAACUUCUCAAAUAUGUGAAACACUUGGAAGGAGAAGUACCCUGGGCAGCAGAUAACAGUUCACGGUUUUCGCAGCUCGAUCACGAACUCAGAGACCUCGAGGCCUCUAUCCCCGAAAAUAUGAGGAUUUCAGCCGAAAAUAUGUACCUGUUCAAAGGCUCGGGCGGGCUGAAUCUGUACUUUGGCUUGCACAUCCUCAUAUCUCAAAACUUCCACGAUCUGUACCGCGUGGGUGUUUCCAAUCUCGUCUUCCCCAACACCGCGACAAGUUGGAUUCGCGAAAACGCUCCAGAAGACUUCAUCAGGCGUUGUCACCUUGUAUGCGCCACCAAAUCUGCCUAUAUCGGCUCGCUAUUGAGUGAUCUAUGGAACUGCCAUAGACCCAGCCUCGUAGACUGGCCAUACGCUAUGCACACACAAGUCUGCAACAGCGUCAUCGUCACGACUCUCAUCUCAUGGGGCCGCCCCGAACCUCUCAUCCCGCAAUUCUCAUACCUUGAUUACCAAGCCAUGCUGAAAAAGAACGUAAUGAUUCUGCAGUACCUUCAGCGCUUCAUGAAGGUCAGCAUGUACUGCGAAUCCGCCGUCCAAGCUUUGAAACGAUUCAACGCACUUUUCGUGCCAGACUCAUCUGAUUUUGCGAAUCCGUCCACAAAUGCCCUGCUAUCCGCCAAUCAAUGCAACACGUCCAAUCCAUCGUCACUCGAAUACAUCCUCAAUCCCCUGGGUACGUAUCCUAUGGCGCGGAAACAGGCUCAGACGCAAGAUACGUCUACGCCGGAUGAGACAGAGGACGAUAUGCCAACCCCACAACUGGCUAAAGUUGAAGCUCCGAUGAUUGUACCCACCAUGAAUCCUGGUGGCUACCCCAGUCCUGGUGGUAUCUUUUCUGGUCAUUUCUCAGACUGGGAAGCGGAUAUGUCUAUUUUACCGGGGCUGGGUUAUCCUACGUUUCUUGAUCAGUAUACUAUUGAGGCACCGAGGGACAUGAACUUACCCUAAGAGGGUAUAGGAAGGUCUUUUGAUCGGUUGUUUUAUACCCAGUACAUAGUUCCUUUCCGUCAUGAAAUACCCUAGAAUUGAUCAUAAGAGAGAGCCCGUCCAAACUUUUGCCACAAAGGUUUAAUAAUCGAUCUCUCAUUUCAUUAAGUAAAUUCUGCGGAUAGCUAUGUGGGUAUCAUACAACCAAAACUAGUGGACCUCGAAAUGAAUCGUGUGCUGAAUGCCGUUUUGCUGGUCAGCCCCAGUGACCAGUCCCUCUGUACUUUCCCCGUCAUCCUCAAGCGACUCCCGCCAUCCACUUGUGACCUGGACCGAGGUUCCUGGCUUCAAUCCGUGAUCCCUGGACUUGCCCAUGGAUGAGAUAUUGUAUCCAGCGCCGGGGCCUCGGAGAUCGGAUGGGUCGUCGUUAAUGGUAAAUGCGUGGAUGCUGGGUUGAAGCUCCAUGACGAGGCGGCCGAGGGAUGGGAG